AUUAAGACUUACAUUUAAAGAUGAGUGGGAAGGUCACGGACAGUCAAAUUAAUAACCAGCAUAACCUUAGUAUAAACUCAGAUGGUGCUAACGAAAUUAUGACUGACGAAUUGGGACAAGAUUUUAGUACAACACAGCAUGUACAUCCUUCUUUCAAUAACGACCAAGGAAGCUUGAGCAAAGAAUCCGACCCCGAUUCUGAAGACAAGAAAAUUAACAAAGAGCCAGCUACGAGCAAUGAGCAUAAUUUAAAUGAGCUCCAAUCAAAAAUGGAUAUUGGUUUUCAAAACUGUGAUAAGCAAAUGGCUGGGCUUCAAUUAAAAAGCGAAAGAGAAAGCAUUCAUUCUCAGAAUAGCAAUAGAACGGACCAUGGCCCAGUUCAGAAUUUAAUUAUUGUCCACGAGACGAUGGUUAAGCCUGGAUCAACUUCCAUUCCAAACAUCGGGCAGAUGUCACCAGAUUCUCCUAAUUAUCCUCAAGAAAAUCCUCACAAAUAGAAGUUUCGUCAAAUAUGAGCCAAAGCUAAGAAAACCCCUAGAUGCUAAGAAAAAGGUGAAGCCUCAUGGAGUUAGACUAAUGACCAUUAAUUUGAUGGAGCAUUACCAGAAAUGCUUCCCUGAGGAUAGAAAAUGCACUGAGCAACAAAGGAAGCUAAAAAUCCAGUUUGAUGCUAACCUUGACAAGACCAACUCCCACUUAAAGCAUCAUAGAAUUUUAACUAAAAUCCCUCCUGACUGCUACGAAUUCUACAACAAUGGGUAUGACUUACCUAAUGGUGACUACAUUAUCAGAGAAGGUGACAUUAUUCUCUCUCCUGAAGGCCAAGAGUACCAUAUUCAGGAGCUUAUUGGUCAAGGGACCUUUGGCCAAGUGAUAAAGUGCAUGAACAUGUCUACAAGAGAGUUAGUUGCCAUAAAAGUACUUAAGAAUAAGAGGACUUACAGAAAUCAAGGGUCAGUUGAGAUAAAAAUCCUUCAUACCCUUAAUUGUGCUGAUGAUAUGAACGACAGUAACAUUGUGCAAAUGCUAGAUUAUUUCGUUUUCAGAGAGCAUCUUUGCAUUGUCUUCGAAUUACUUUCAUACUCGCUCUAUGAUUUAUUAGAAAGGAACAAGUUUUCAGGCCUUUCUCUAAACCUAUCAAGACUUCUUAUCAGUCAAAUUUUACAGUCUCUAGAGUUGACCAAGAAAGUUGGAUUGAUCCACUGAGAUUUGAAACCUGAAAACAUUUUGCUUUGUUCUCCAAAAUCAACAAAUCUCAAAGUUAUCGAUUUCGGUUCAGCAUGCUAUGAUGGGCACACUGUGUAUACCUACAUCCAAUCUAGGUAUUACAGGUCUCCUGAGGUGAUCAUGGGGAUGCCUUACAACACAGCAAUUGAUACGUGGUCUUUAGGAUGUAUUUGAGUGGAACUCUUCAGAGGUUUCCCUCUCUUCCCAGGAAACUGUGAGUAUAAUCAGCUGCGGUUAAUUAUCGAACUACUCGGAAUGCCUCCUAAAGACAUGAUCGAAAUGUCCACAAAUAGCCACAAGUUUUUCUGUCCUGUCCAAAUCAGUGAGUUUGAAUAUGAAUAUCGCUUCAAAAGCCAGCAAGAAUAUGAGAUGGAGCAGGGCAUUUAUGUACCUCCCUUGAAUUUUAUGCAAGAUAUCAAAACCUUAGAUGAUUUGGAGAACUUCAAUGGACCUAAGAAUGACAAACUUCAGACUAAGAAAUGCUUCCUUGAUUUUGUAAAGGGGACUUUACAUAUUGAUCCCAGAAAAAGAUGGACACCAAACAUGUCUAAACAGCACCCAUUCAUCUCUAGAAACAACUACGAAGGGCCUUUUGUUCCGGAGAGAGGGAAUAGCCCGAGAAUGAGCAGUCAGAGCUCUAUUAGAGACCCUGAUGAUAAUAGUGAUUCAUCAUCAGUAUCAAGAAUUAAUAAGUCUGACGAAAUGUAUGAAAAAUUAGGAUCGUGCCCUUCCCAAAUACUUCGUGACCCAACAGAUUUUACAUUCAGUAAGGGUUUUAAGAAAGAAUUAUCUGAGGAGAAGAAGCAAGAAAUAUUCAACUCUAGAAGUUAUAGACCUCCAAUCCUUAGCCUAGAUGAUGAAUACUUCAAAGGGUUCAACCUCAAUUCACUCGAUGCGAUAUCUCAAGAAUUUAAAGACAAAAUUUAUAAUCAAGAUCCUGAUAAAGUAAAGAAAAAGAGUCCUGGCACAAGUGUAUUUACAGCUACUUUCUCCCAGCAGAAUACGGGACAUAUGCAGCCUCCUCCGCAACCUGUGAGCCAAGGAUUUCCACCUUUUCAGAAUUCGAUGGUAUACAAUCAAAAUGAUUCUGGAUUCAACCGUUAUCAACCCCAAAUGCAACCAAAUACAAACCUUGGAGCAUCAUACGGCUAUUCAGAUCAAAAUAUGCACUAUGGAGGAUACCCAAGCAACCAGCAGAUGUACAUGCAGCAACCAAUGAUGAAUACAGGCUCCAGUCAACAGAUGGCUCCUCAGAAUCAAAAUUAUAUGUAUGGCUCUCUCCAGAACACCCAGAUGCCUCAAAAUCAAACUCAAGAUCCGUGGCAGAUGGGAGAUGGAUUUGGAGACCCAAGCCAACAGUUGUUUAGCCAACCAUUUGACACAUUCUCUGCAACCAUGAACAAUGGGCCCAACUUCGGAGAGAUUGAGGGAGAUAUGCACCCUUCCUUUUACAGGAACCAAAACCCUCAAACUAAGAAGACUAAAAAGAAAGACCCUCAGAAAGAAAUGAGAGUCGGCUCUUGGGAUCCCAAGUUUCUUAGUAAAGGCAAAAUCAAGAAGUUUCAGCACAACAAUGGAAAUAAUUAUGCCCAAGGCCAAAUUUCGAACUGGCAGAACAUGAAGAAGAGUGGAGGAUUCUCUAAAGUAAAAAGGAAUAAAAAUAAGAAUAAGGGCAUCUCUAACUCUCAAAACAUUUUCACUGCUACCUUUGGAGCUCCUCAAGUUGAAGAAAAGCCUGAAGAGAUGCCUCAAGUUCAGAAUAAUCAAAUGCCUUUCUUAAAUAUCCAAGAUCCACCAAUUACAGCAAAAUUUGACAAUUUUAAGCAAAAUCUGCCAAAAAGUAAGAAGUCAACUGAUAAUUUUGGUAAAAUCAACAGUUCAGCUUUCGGAAAAGGACAAAGCUUUGCUGGAACUUACAAUAUUGAUGGACCACUGAAGAGUUCCAGGCUUCCAUCAAAGGACAACUCUGCUCUCAAUCUGAACAAGAAUAGACUCAAGUAAAGCUAAAAGUAAAUCUGAAGAGGAGAUAAUGCAAGGGCAGCCAAAUGUCGAAAACUUGAUCAUGGGCAAGAAAGAGUCCAUAAGAGCUCUCCCCCAAUUAUCCAAAGAAGCAAGCUGUCCUCAGACUGAUGAAUAUAGAUUUGAACCAAUCCAAGAGGAAGAUAAAUACUUUGACUGCUUCAAAGACUCCUACAAUGAUGGCCCAGUCGAGUAUUUUUCUGGAACCGUUCCCCAGAUGGAUGGGUUUGACUUUGGAGCAGCAGAUAGAGGCGUUUUCCCCCAAUAUCCAUCACAAAUCCCAGAGCAGAAAGACCAGAACGAUGAUGAGUACAACGAGACACUGGAGGAUAGAAUCUCCAGAGACAUGGAUCAAUUCGAAGACUAAUUCAAUAUCUACAGAAAUCUAUCAUAGAUUUCUU